AUGACAAAGUCGCUCACCAAGCUCAUCUACAAGCCCGAUUCGCAAUCCACCGACGAAUACAUCAUGUUCGUCAAUGCAGACGAGUACAGGAAGUACUCGAGCGGAGAUUCAUCCGUACCAAUCGUCGAAGUCGUAGACUCCUACGACGUCUUCUUCUCCACACAGGGCAACCAGGGCAAGCUCGGAAAGGCGUCGAACCAGCAGCUCGAGUCCGUGUUCAACACCAAGAAUGAGGACAGAAUCGCAGAGUUUAUGCUCAAGAAUGGCGUUAUGCAGCACAGCGAGAGGAUUGGUGCACACGACACCGCGCAUCUGAACAUGGCCCGCGGCACUGGCAGUGUGGACACUCGAUGA